CCACUGUCUCCAACUCCUACCUGACUUUCUAAAGAAUGCCAACAACUCAUUGCACUUUAUUAUGGCCUCAAGUCCUGCCUCGAUCAACCUCAGAGAGCGCAUUGAGGCUACAGCCCGAGCCUUCCUAUCAGCGUACGAAGAGGGCGCGGCCCAGAACGACGCCUCCAUCAUCAACCGCGAUGUUACGGCGAACUGCCUUCGGUACCUGCUCCCCGCAUCCGUGCCCCAGGCCUUUGGCCUACCGGUAGACUUCAGUUUCGACACUACGCAGUAUCAGGAGACUUUUGCGAAGGAUAUCAAGGUGUUGAAAUUCAGAAACAACAUUAUUGCGAACUUAGUCAUCGAUACUGAGGCUCGCCGGGCCGCUUUCACGUCUAUCGCAGAAGUGCAUGUCAAUAGCGGAGAGUUGUAUGACGCCGAGCUCGCUUGGUUCUUGUACUUCAACGAAGAUGGGUCCAAGGUCGAGAAGGUGGUUGAGUUCUGUGACAAGGAUGUGAUCUUGAGGAUGGCAAACGCGGCUGCUUAG